AUCUUCAUCGCCAUGGAGUUUGUCGAACACGGGGAUCUGCAGCAAUAUGUUGGACGCGCAAUGCCAGAACCUGAAAUGCAGCUGAUUGUGUCUCAAGUGCUCGAGGGUCUGUCGCACAUGCACAAUUUGAGCUAUGCACACCGAGAUUUGAAGCCUGCGAACCUCUUGGUAUAUCGUAAAGGUCCUCAAUGGCAUGUCAAGAUCGCAGACUUUGGGCUGAGCAAGAGACUCACUGAAAGCCUGUCGUCCUUGCACACGAGGGCCGGUACGCAUGGUUUUAUGGCGCCUGAGAUCUUGGGAUUGCUUCAUGACGACGACGAAGACUCCGACACCGAAUCUGGGCCGUCAUAUACCAAUGCCGUCGAUGUUUGGGCCUUGGGUGUGAUCACCUUUCAAUUGCUGACAACCCAGCUUCCCUUCGCAGCCGGUGAU